AUGUACCCAGACUCUUUCGAAGGUUUCGGCAUUCCCUCAGCUGAGGAGUGGAACAACCCCAAGCGAAUUACAUUCAAACCCAAGCCUCUGGGGGACUAUGACAUCGACGUCAAGAUUGUUGCAUGCGGAGUUUGCGGCUCUGACCUUCACACAGCUACUGGCGGCUGGGGAAACAAGAACUGGCCGAUUGUCCCCGGGCAUGAAAUUAUCGGUCAUGUUGUCGGGACUGGGAGUAAAGUCACCAGUGUCAAUGUUGGCCAGCGUGUCGGCGUAGGGGCCCAAAUUGAUUCUUGCCGGGACUGCGAUGCCUGCAAAAGCGAGAAUGAAAACUAUUGUCCCGAGUGGAAGGACACUUAUGGAUCGGUGUACGCCGACGGCACCCUCGCCCAGGGAGGAUACUCUUCUCAUAUCCGUGCUCACGAGCACUACGUUUAUCCGAUCCCAGAGAAACUGCAGACUGAACUUGCCGCCCCCAUGCUUUGCGCUGGUUUGACGGCUUAUUCACCUUUGGUUCGCAACGGUGUUGGGCCCGGCAAGACAGUCGGUGUGAUUGGCAUCGGAGGCAUCGGCCACUUUGGCAUCCUCUUUUCCAAGGCCCUCGGAGCAAAGACGAUAGCUAUUUCUCGCUCAAGGGCCAAGGAAGCUGACGCACGACAGCUAGGCGCUGAUGAUUUCCUAGCUACAAAGGAACAAGACUGGAACAAGCUAUAUGUCAGAAAGCUCGACUUCAUUCUGAGCACGGCCUCUUCCGCCGAAGGCUUUGAGCUAGGUGACUACCUCUCGCUCCUCAAGAUUCACGGCAAGUUCGUCGCCGUUGGUCUGCCUGAGGGAACGGGCUGGCAGGUUGCUCCUCAGAGUCUGAUCUGGAACGGAUGUUUGAUAGGAAGUAGCCAUCUGGGCAACCGACGAGAGGUGCUUGAGAUGCUGCAGCUGGCUGCGGACAAGGACAUCAAGAGUUGGGUUGAGAAAAUUUCAGUUAGUGAGAAGGGUGUCGGUGAGGCGCUGGACAGGCUUCACAAUGGGGAUGUUCGGUAUAGAUUCACCCUGGUUGACUACGAGAAGCAGUUUUCUUAG